AAGGCUCAGAGGAAAAGGGGACAGUCAGGCGAACCCCCUUGUGGCAGAGGGCCCAGGGAGCCGAGAGGAGCUCCAACAGGAGUGAGCGGGACUUGGGCAUGUCCCUGACUCCUCCACUCCAAGUGAGAGCCUGGGUCCCCUGAGAGGCUGGAGCUGUCCUUGUGGAGGCUGGGGUGGGAGGCCUCCUAGGAAGUUUGGUGUCUUAUUAUGUACUUACAGAAAGGACCCAAGGGCGCUGCGGCAGUGCAUCUCUUAGGGCUGUGAGCAGAAGCCCCUUGACCUCCGUGUCCAGCUCACAGACCAUUCCUCCAAGGAUGCUGGCCGGCCUGGCGUGACUCAAAGAGGAGGAGGAGCCAUCAAGGUGGUGUUUCCUGAUGCUGCAGAAAUGGGUCUCAACCCGCAGCCCCCAUCAGCUCUGGAAGAGCCAGAACAGGGGCCUGGUCAUGGAGUGGCAGCCGAGGAGGGGGAUCUGGACCCCCGGUGCUGGGAGCUGAGGCUUCCAGCAGGAGCCAGGAAAAAGCAGUCAUCCUGGGCCCCUCAGGAGGACCCUGGUAGGCUGCAAGUGGACCAGGAUCAGAUGAGAGGCAGGAGGGAGCCAGAGGUGCCGCCUUCUGGGGUCCCUGAGCCCGAAGACCAGCAAAGGAGACAGCAGAGCCCAGGAAUUGGGCAGGUUCCACCCCCAACGAGCUGCCAGGUCCUGGAGUACCCAUCAAGCCCCAGACACCAGGCAGCAGAGAGGUCAGACACUGUGCGACUGGACACGUUAGGGCCAGCUAUCCUGGACUACAGCUCAGACAGCAGCAGGCAGCCAGUGGGAGACGAGCCCUGCAGGGAGGCGGCCAUGGCACACCUUGGGGCCCCAGGGGCAGCAGCAGAGCCCUUGCUGCAGGUCCCCGAGGACAGCUCCCAGGAGACAAUGCUGCUAAUACCCACGAUGGCUCCAGAGGCAGCGCUGGACCAGCCCUUCCUGCUGUCCUCGCCAGGGACACCCGUAGAAGGGAGGGAGGCAGUGGAGAGCCAGUCAGCGCUGGGGCCUACUCCUGUAUCAGUAAGGAACACCAGGGAGCAGAAGGGGCCUGUGAUGGCCACAGGUGCCCAGAGCCUCUCACCACCUCGCCAGGGCUUCAUGAAAUGCUUGCUGGAAGUGGAGGAGGAGGAACAGGCCGCCCAUCGGAGAGCCUCAAAGGCCCGGGCCCUGCCAGGCCGGAAGUUCCCCAGGAGCCCGACCCCCGGGCCCAUCUCAGCCUCAAGCCUUCCCGUCUCACUGACACCACAGACCCCCACGUCAGCUCCUGCCCCUGCCCCUUCAUGGACCUGGUCCCUGACCCCUGGGUCUGGCUCUGUCUCCAUGGGCGUGGCGGUGGCUGCAGUGGCCAGCCCCACUCUGCGGGCACCCUGGAGAAGGCUGGAACUCCCACAAGGGAGUAGCGAAAGGACCCUGAGCUACUACAGGGCACGGCAGGAGCCAGAAGAGCACAGCAUCUUGAAGUUGUGUGAGAGCUGGGAGGAGCGGGCCGAGGAGCACCUCACCCUGAGGCAGGAGGAAGCUUUCCGCAGCUACUUUGAGAUGUUCAAUGGUCCAGGGGAGGUGGAUGCGCAGAGCCUGAAGAACCUCCUGCUGCUGGUGGGCUUCUCCCUGACGCCAGCCCAAGUGCAGGACGCCCUGAUGAGCGCUGACGUUGAUGGAGAUGGUCAUGUGGACUUCAAGGACUUCUUGGCAGUGAUGACAGACUCCAAGCGCUUCUUCUGCUCUGUGGAACAGAAUGCCCUGAUGGACACGGCUCUGCCCAACCCGCACACUCUGCUUUUUGAGAUCCUGUCUCUGCUGGUGGAGAUGCUGGCUUUGCCAGAGGCAGCCUUGGAGGAGAUCACCAACUACUACCAGAAGAAGCUGAAGGAAGGGACAUGCAGGGCCCAAGAGGCGGACGUGGCCACAAGCCGGCUGCGGCCGCAAAAGCAGCUUCCUUCGGGCCUGCAGCCCACGGACAGCUUCGAAGUCCCAGAACGAAGAGUCCUCAGGAUCUUGAGCCGACUGAAGCAACAGAACUAUGCUGCCAACCUGCAGAGCCCCUAUGCCCAGGUGCCCUGCAUCCCGCUGUGCCCACGGCUGGACAAGAAGACAGUCCAGCGGAAACAGGGCAGCCAUUACAUGCUAGAGCAGUACACCUCCUCCAGCCUGGGCUCGGAUACUCGCUGCUGCUUCUACCAGCCGGGAUCUCAAGGCAGAAGAGAAUACAGCUCUGACAGCAGGAAGUGGCUCAGCUCCGUACCAGCUCCGACUCCCUGACUCUCUUCUCUGGGCCCACGGGCGGGAGUUUGCUUGUAUGAGGCCUGGUAAGCCAAUAAACACCACGAACAUCA